AUGCAAAUAUUACAUUCGUUCAUUCUUUGCUAUGUUUUUCAUAGCAGCUAUGCCUUUCUUAAUUUACCAGAUGUUCCUCGAAAGUAUAUUAAAACCCUUGAAGUUUAAAAUGGUGGAAAGUGGGGUGACUGGCAUCCUCCUCAUUUUUGUGCUGAUGGAUUUUUCGCAACUGGAUACAAUAUGAAGAUUGAAGGCAAUCAACAUGGUCAUGAUGAUACAUCUUUAAAUGCCAUACUGUUGAGGUGUAUCAGUUUUGAUAAUCACUAUGGAGGAACUAUUGAAUCUGGUGAAGGUAGUUACGGAGAUUGGAUAGGAUGGACAGAUUGUGAGAAGUCUGAGACCCAUAAAAAUCAGACGUAUUUGACAUCUUUUUCUUUCCAAGUCGAAGGAGAUCAGAGCGGUGGAGAUGACACGGCAGCGAACUAUAUCAAGUUCAAAUGUCGGGACUUCGACGAUGACAGAGAUGAGUCUGAAUUAGCUCAUCCACCCGGACACGGCUUGUUUGGAGGAUAUGGUGGAUGGAGUGAAAGCUGUCCAACACAUUCUGCUAUAUGUGGAUUACAAACCAGGAUUGAAGGACCACAAGGCGGUGGUGAUGAUACUUCUCUGAAUAAUGUCAAGUUCUUUUGUUGUCAAAAAUAA